CGCAGAAGGAGAUCUCCCAGGAAGGCCGACAGGAUGGCUGGACGGCUGUCGAACGGCAGACCGGCAGGCACAUCCGGUGGAUCUAUCAAUCGCCAACGCAGUGCGGGGUCGGUGGCGAAGCAGCCGUACAACCCGAGGUUGUAUGCGCACCUGCGUUCUCACGAGAUUCCUCUGCCGCUGUCGGAUGACGAGGGGGGGGAAGCCAGGUCGCCGACUUUGCCGUUGGGAAGCGGUUCUACGCAGGACUGGGCGGCAACUCAAUCGUGCGGCGGCAGGGGGGUGGAGACGCCGUGGUCUUACACGUCACUUAUGAACGAGGGGCUGUGCGAUGACGACGGCGAUGCAGCGGUUGAUCUGAGCUUUCAUCUGUCGAGCAGCAGCGGAGCAGCCGCGAUGCACACUCGGAUCAUCAAUCCCCACCUGGGUGGGGAUUGCGCGGACAACACGCGGAGCGUCGGUGGAGGUGAUCGUAAUAACUCGUCGCCGAGCGUCGGUGGAGGAAUCGGUGCGCGUAAACGACCGGACUGGAUGCGCUUGUCGCCUGCAGUGCGAAGCGGACCCGGCGGUACUCCAGGGCGGCAGCCGGCGGAGGAUUUGAUCGGGGGAGUUCCGGACGUGCAACGCGACAGCAGGCAGGUCUGGGCAGAAUGCAGGCAGGAGUUGCAUCGAGGUGAAACGGAGACGAUCACCAGAGGGGUGCAACGGUUGCAUGUCGAUGAAGUGGAAGACACGGCUGUUGAUGAGGGGCAGGGGUGUGACGACGUGGACGGCGAGGACGGUUGCAAGUCCGACGAUUUGCCAGACAUCAGGCCUCUUGGGAGGAGGGCGACGAGAGGCGGAUCCGGUGCUAAGAAGGGCCCCGCCACGAAACCGAGACAGACAAAGAACAUGGAUGACGAUGGCGAGGGCGGCCGGAAUUUCUGGUCGGUGGGAGACACGGUCGCGCUCGUGAGGGCGAAAAGGGAUCAAGAUCUGUAUAUCGCCGGCCUGGGGACUAGUUUCACCCGCAUGAAAACGGCCACGUGGAAGUGGGAGGACGUGCGGGUGAGGUUGCAGGCGAUGGGAGUGACGAGGGAUGCCGUCGACUGCGGGAAGAAAUGGGACAACUUGAUGCAGCAAUUCAAGAAGCGAGAGAACGUCCCUGCUGACACCCAGGGGCGGGCAGUGGGUCGGCAGCAUGUCCCCAAGUCAAAGAGGCUCCGUUCAGAAGAGCCAUCACCAAGCGUGCCUUUCCUGCGAGGGCGGUACUGGGCGGCAUCGAACGAAGACGAAGAUGACGACGUGUUCAUGACAGAGGAGGAAGCAGCAGAUGACACCGUGGCGGCACCCCGGGCAGCACUCUUCAAGCGAAGAAUGAUCAGGCCGCGGCGAGGAGAGCUCACGCCCCCCCCGGAGGGGCAACAAGGUCGUGGGCAGAGGAACACGAAAGCUAAGGAGGUUGUCGUCGACGUCGGCGACGAGGACAAUGAGCCAUUGGAAAGCCGCAGGCAGCGAAAUGCAAUGCAAGGUGCGACGGCGACGGGAGUAAGGAUAUGCGCCGCGCAUGAAGAAAGGCCACCUCAGGGCGCCAUGCCGUCCACGUCGUCACAGCCGCGACCGCGCAACGCGGCUGCAGAUGGAGGGUCUACCGAACACGGGGGAGGUGAGGUGGCCCACCAAGAAGCACGCGUGGCGAGCGCUGGUGUAGGCGCGGGGUCCUCAGGCAAUGUCGCUGUCGUGGCGGGGGCGAGGGAGGAGGUUCCUGUUGUGGAGCGGGAGGUUGCGCGCGGCGAGAAUAAGGGCGAAAGAGAGGACGACGACCCCCUUUUAAGCUGGGAGCGGAGGGGAGGGUUGGCGAGAGAUCUUGCCGACCGUGCCCGCCUGUGGGUCGACGACAAAGCAUUCUGGACAACGGGGGAGGGGCGCCGGCUCUACGACAUCGUCCACCGAACGCGGGAGCACUUCGAGGCCAUCGCCAGCGGGGUGCAAGCGCCCGUCGUGUCCAGGAGCGUCGUCAUGUCGAAAUCCGCGACGAGCCUCACGAGGAUUGCUGAUCCCGCUCAACUACAGCCAGCAAUCAUCCGCGGGGGGGCUGCAGAGAACAUAGUUCUGCGCGUCUUGCAUGGGUGGGUGUUCAAGUCAGGCAACCACCCCCGCGGAUACAAUCUCGCUUUCCAGUACGCGUUGGAGUCGGUGGCAACGGACCUUGCGCGCGUUAUGUGGUACGGCGAGGAGUGGAGCAACGUGGUGAGCACGGCCGUUUGCGCGCACACGAUCGACCUGAAUAUGGACUUGCCACUGUGGUUUGCGGGGGUGAACAUUGACGACAGGCCGGAGGACGACGACAUGGCUGCGUACCAGGAGUCGACCGUCCUGUGCGUCGUGCAUGCAUUUCGUGCCGCCGUGCAAAUGGGUGCGAACGUCGACGGCGGGUUCAUAUCGCACGAUCGUCUGUCGAGGAUCGCGGAUUGCUUCAGGCUGUUGUUGGCUGCCUGCAUGUGGUUGAUGCGCAUGGCGGGAGACGAUCAUCGUAGCCACUACGAAGCAUUCUACUUCGCGCAGCUGGUCGCGAAGCCCGCGCUGAUCGCGUCCAUGCAUCGCGCCUUCGAUCAUCGAAGGUCCGUCAUCCGAGCGACGAACGUCGUCACGGAGAGACUGGGGAAGGUGAACGCCACCUUUGGAGAGUACCCGAAGUACAUCCCCGAUUGGGCUUCCUGCGGCAUCACGUCCGGCCACGACGCGAGCAUCACGGGCCCAGAGGACGCGAAGAAGAGGGAUUGGUUGGGUUCGGGGCCCUUGGAGGAGGACGGUGGCGACAAUGGCGAAAACGACGCGUAGGGGGUGGAGGGAUGGUGUUGUGCUAGAUUGCCUUGGUUUGCUUGUCGCUUGUGAUGGCACGCGGACGGCGGGAAAGGUGGCGGUGCGUCGCGACACAGAUUGUUGUUGGUCUCUCCCUUCGUUCCGCACGAGCACAGAGUGUC